UUUGAAUUGGUGGUGGCCGACCCCGCGAGGAUGGCGCCGGCCGAGGCGGGCGUCGGUGCGUGAGCAGGUGGGCCGCCCAGCGAGCUUCCGAGAGCGCCAACAUAGAAGAGUACUAACAAUGGCUGACAAUAGCAUAUUAACAUCCACUACUGGAAGGACGAGCUUGGCAGACUCCUCUAUUUUUGAUUGUAAAGUCACUGAAAUUUCUAAGGAAAAUGAGUUUAUUGGAUCUGCUUCAUAUGUUGAAGAAGAAAUGCCUCAAAUCGAAACGAGAAUGAUUUUGGUUCAAGAAGCUGGAAAACAAGAAGAACUUAUAAAAGCUUUAAAGACCAUUAAAAUAAUGGAAGUCCCUGUUAUAAAGAUAAGAGAAAGUUGUCCUGGAAAGUCGGAUGAAAAAUUAAUAAAAAGUGUUGUUAAUAUGGAAAUUAAAGUGCCCUUUGUAAAGAUGGAAUCACUAGAAGAAUUUGAAGGCUUGGAUUCUCCAGAAUUUGAAAAUGUGUUCAUAGUCACGGACUUCCAGGAUUCUGUUUUUAAUGAGUUAUACAAGAUGGAUUAUAGAAUUGUUGGACCACCAGUUAUCUUAAACUGUGCCCAAAAAGGAGAGCCUUUGCCUUUUUCAUGUCGCCCACUCUAUUGUACGAGCAUGAUGAAUCUAGUACUAUGCUUUACUGGAUUUAGAAAAAAAGAAGAACUAGUCAGAUUGGUGACGUUGGUUCAUCACAUGGGUGGAGUUAUUCGAAAAGACUUUAAUUCAAAAGUUACACAUUUGGUGGCAAAUUGCACACAAGGAGAAAAAUUCAGGAUUGCUGUGAGCCUGGGCACUCCAAUUAUGAAGUCAGAGUGGAUUUACAAAGCCUGGGAAAGGCGGAAUGAACAGGAUUUCUCUGCAUCAGUUGAUGACUUUAAAAAUGAAUUUAAAGUACCUCCAUUUCAAGAUUGCAUUUUAAGUUUCUUGGGAUUUUCAGAUGAAGAAAAAAACAAUAUGGAAGAAAUGACUAAAAUGCAAGGAGGUAACUGUUUACCUGUUGGAGAUGAAAGAUGCACUCACCUUGUAGUUGAAGAGAAUAUAGUAAAAGAACUUCCAUUUGAACCUUCAAAGAAACUUUAUGUUGUCAAACAGGAGUGGUUCUGGGGAAGCAUUCAAAUGGAUGCUCGAGCUGGAGAAACUAUGUAUUUAUAUGAAAAGGCUGAUACUCCUGAGCUCAAGAAAUCAGUGUCACUGCUUUCUCUAAAUACCCCAAACAGCAAUCGCAAAAGACGUCGUUUAAAAGAGACACUGGCUCAGCUUUCCAGAGAGACCGACCUGUCACCUUUUCCUCCCCGUAAGCGCCCAUCAGCUGAACAUUCCCUUUCUAUAGGAUCACUUCUAGAUAUCUCCAACACACCAGAGUCUAGCAUUAACUAUGGAGAAACCCCAAAGUCUUGUACUAAGUCUUCUAAAAAUUCCACUCCAGUUCCUUCGAAGCAGUCAGCCAGGUGGCAAGUUGCAAAAGAGCUUUAUCAGACUGAAAGUAAUUAUGUAAAUAUAUUGGCCACAAUUAUUCAGUUAUUUCAAGUACCAUUGGAAGAGGAAGGACAACGUGGUGGGCCUAUCCUUGCACCAGAAGAGAUUAAGACUAUUUUUGGUAGUAUCCCUGAUAUCUUUGAUGUGCACAUGAAGAUAAAGGAUGAUCUGGAAGACCUUAUUGUUAAUUGGGAUGAGAGCAAAAGCAUUGGUGACAUCUUUCUUAAAUAUUCAAAAGAUUUGGUAAAAACGUACCCUCCCUUUGUAAACUUCUUUGAAAUGAGCAAGGAAACGAUUAUUAAAUGUGAAAAACAGAAACCAAGAUUUCAUGCUUUUCUGAAGAUAAACCAAGCUAAACCAGAAUGUGGACGGCAAAGCCUUGUUGAACUUCUCAUUCGACCAGUACAGAGGUUACCCAGUGUUGCAUUACUUUUAAAUGAUCUUAGGAAGCAUACAGCAGAAGAAAAUCCCGACAAAAGCACUCUAGAAAAAGCUAUUGGAUCACUAAAGGAAGUAAUGACCCAUAUUAAUGAGGAUAAGAGAAAAACAGAAGCCCAAAAGCAAAUUUUUGAUGUUGUUUAUGAAGUAGAUGGAUGCCCAGCUAAUCUUUUGUCUUCUCACCGAAGUUUAGUCCAACGAGUUGAAACAAUUUCUCUAGGUGAACAUCCCUGUGACAGAGGAGAACAAGUAACUCUCUUUCUCUUCAAUGACUGCCUGGAGAUAGCAAGAAAACGACACAAGGUUAUUGGCACUUUUAGGAGUCCUCCUGGCCACACCCGACCCCCAGCUUCUCUUAAGCAUGUUCAUCUAAUGCCUCUUUCUCAAAUUAAGAAGGUGCUGGACAUAAGAGAAACAGAAGAUUGCCAUAAUGCUUUUGCCUUGCUUGUGAGGCCACCAACAGAGCGGGCAAAUGUGCUGCUCAGUUUCCAGAUGACCUCAGAGGAACUUCUAAAAGAAAACUGGCUAAAGAUGUUAUGUCGACAUGUAGCCAAUACUAUUUGUAAAGCAGACGCUGAGAAUCUUAUAUACAGUGCUGAUCCAGAAUCCUUUGAAGUAAAUACUAAAGAUAUGGACAGUACAUUGAGUAGAGCAUCUAGAGCAAUAAAAAAGACUUCAAAAAAGGUUACAAGAGCGUUCUCUUUCUCCAAAACUCCAAAAAGAGCUCUGAGAAGGGCCCUUAUGACAUCCCAAAGCUCAGUGGAGGGAAGAAGUCCUUCUAGCAAUGACAAGCAUGUAAUGAGUCGUCUAUCUAGCACAUCAUCAUUAGCAGGUAUCCCAUCACCCUCCCUUAUCAGCCUACCUUCCUUCUUUGAAAGAAGAAGUCAUACUUUAAGCAGAUCUACAACUCAUUUGAUAUGAAGCUUAAAAAAAGUCUUAAUUUAAAGCAACUUAUAAACACUUCAUGUUCAAAUAAGAAACUGACUUAAAUGGUACUUGUCAUUAGCACUUGGUGAAAGCUGGAAAGAAUAUAGAUAACACUAAAACUGUCAUUUGAUUUUCUUCUUGAAUGAGUAAGGUUAACCUCUUACAUAUUUUUGAGUUAAUUCAUGUAAAAAUUAUAUUGAUUUUGAUGUAAUUUUUCUCUUCACUCGAAUCCUUCAUUCGAAGACCAAUAAUUUAAGUUAUUCGUAUUAGUAGCCUUGCAACUUGAUAAUAGUAAAUAAAUUAUAUUGGUGAGUACCAAAUACUGCUGUGACUCUCUGUGUAUAGUGUCCAUGAAUGAAUUUUUGGAAAUUCCUAUUUGUGUAUCUCAAUUUGUGAAGAAAUUAAGUGAUAAUACAGAACUUACUAGAUAAAACACCUGCACAGAUUUCUGGUUAAUAGUGGGGACUUGUUUCAAAUGUGCUGUUUGAAGUAAUUAUUUAACUGUUCUGUUGCAGUUUAUUUUAUUCUCUAAUGUUUGCAAAAUGUAGAGUGUGGGUUUUAAAAGAUUUGCCCUUAUUAACAAGAAUAAUAAUUAAAGGGAGAUGGUUUUAAAAUUCUUUUGCAAAUUGAGAUAAGAACAGAGAGUUUAAAAAAUGUAUAUUUUGGCAAACAUGGUAUUAGUGUAUACUUGUAACUUUUUCAGGGUCCAUAUAUUUUGAGUGAUUUUAGCCACUAGCAAAUCUUCAUUUAGUUUGAUAGUGUGAGGAAUUUUAUUUUGAAGGGUAAGACCAUGGGGAAAUUGUGGUAUGGACUAUUAUAUACUCUAUGAAAUAAUUCUAAAAUUGGCAUCAUUUUUACUAAUCUGCUAUAAAAUAUGUAGAUACGUGUAUGGUCUACCUUUUAUUUUGGUCUCAUAAUUAAGUGUAAAAUUGAAAUACAUUUAUUUGCUGUUGUAAAAUAUCUUUCAAGCCCUGAUGUUAAUUUUCACAAGUUUUUUUUUAUAGUCAGUGAUACAAAAUAAUCAAGUUCCUAUGAAUAAAUGCAUUUUUAUUUCCUAUCUAUGUAGGAGAAUAUGCAGACUUUUGUCAUUUAACAAUUUUCAGUCAUCUGCUUUAAUAGUUGACUAGAUUUUUUCUAUGCCACAUAUUUGCCAUUUUUAAAUAGUAAAUCACUCUUUAUAUAUUUUAAAAGCAGUUGUAUUAAUAAGAACUUUGUAAAUAAAUACUUAAAACUCAAGUAUAUUUUGUUUCAUGUUUUUUGUUAUUUUGUAAAGAAUUACUUAUUUUAUUUAGAGAGAGAGGGACAGCAGGGAGAGAGGCAGAGGGAGAGAGAGUCUCAAGCUACUCCCUGCUGAGCAUAGAGCCUGCUGUGUGGCUUAAUCCCUUGACCCUGAGAUCAUGACUUGAGCUCAAAUCAAGAGUUGGAUGCUUAACCAUCUGAGCCACCCAGGCACCCCUGUUUCAUGUUUUAAUCAGUUCCUUUACACAAAUUUUUAUAGGUCAGUAUGAAUGCUUGCUUCAACUUCUUUCAUACAUUUGCUUGAGUUUUAUUUUAUUCAUUUCUCCAUUAAUAUUUUUGAGCAUUAUGUAUACUGAGCUUUAUUGUAGGACUUUUUUUUUUUUAACGAUUUUAUUUAUUUAUUAGAGAGGCAGGAAGAAACAGACUCCCCACUGAGCAGGGAGGUGGAUGUGGUUCUUGAUUCUCAGGACCCUGAGAUCAUGACCUGAGCCAAGGUCAGAUGCUUAAUAGACUGAGCCACCCAGGCGCCCCAGGACAGUAGCUUUUAAUCUGGAAUCUAUUUUGUAGAAUGGAGGCAGUGAAUCUUAUGAUAGUUUAUAAAAAAAAUUGUGUUUAGUGCAUGUAUGCAUUUUUCUGGCAGAAAUUACACAGCUUUUAUCAUUUUAUUAGAGAUGGAGCUUUGAUUUCCUCCAAAAGUAUGGUGUUUCCAGGGAGGGGAAAUGACCUGAGAUAAGGCAUGAAAUUGGAAACAUUGGAUGAACCCUGGCAAAAUAUUAGCAGGUAGUUAAUUUUAACUUUAACCGCCUCUUGUUUUUCUCUUUAAUGACUCCUGCUCCAGGAUAGUAUUUUUGGUAUCCCCAUUACAAAUUAAAGACCGUGUGCGUAUAUUCUUUAUGUCAACAUGCUUUAUCAUGUUUGGAUGUUACUUACAAAUUAACCUUUUAUUCUCUAUUGAGAAAAUUUUUUAGUAUUGAUCUUUAAUCUAUUGCAUUAUAUUAAUAUAUUUUGUAAUGUUAACCCAUUAUUGUAUUUGUGGGUUACACCAUAUAAAUCCUACAUGAUG